AUGAAUAUGAUUAUACAUCGACUAAAAUAUAUGACUUUUGAAGCUGACAAAUUAUUUUCGGUUAAUCAAAAUCAAGAAACAAAAACACAUGAAAUCCCAUUUAAUUUUGAAUGUUUAUCUGAACUAGAAGCUGUGAAAAAUCGUGUACUAUGUAAAUCAGAGGUUACUAAACACUAUCAGGGUGAUGUGGUACUAUCUUGCACACUUCCAUGUGCUUUCUUCGCUUAUGAAACAGACAGAUCAACAUCGACUUGGCCAACGAAAUCAUGGCAGUUAAGUUGGCUAUCAACAAGAGCUGGAAAAAAGGUGGCCAACAGACCCGAUUUAGUCGGAUAUCGGUUGGCGAAAGAAAGGUUAGAUGCAUCUGAGGGUGAAAAAGAAGCACAAGAGUUCUUAGCAAAAAGCAACGUUUUAGAAAGGAAUUUACUAGCAAUCAUGCUUAUCCGACCAAAUUUUAACGUCCAUAAGGUAGAUGAAAAAGAAGUUCUCUCUCUCACAAGUCUCUUAUCUCAGUCUGGUGGUUUAUUCUCUAUUUGGAUUGGACUUAACAUGAUGUCAGUUAUAGAAGUGGUAGAACUGAUUUUUCAUCUUAUUACAAAAUGUAGACAAUUUUCAAAGCGGAAACGACUUCGCCGAACUCAAAAAAAGCAGACUACAUGCGACACACUGAAACCACUAACCAAUGCAAAUAGUGAGACAGAAAUGGUACAGGAUCAGAUAACAAACCGAGGAAUCGGAAAACAAACUGAGAAGUAUAAAAAAGACGACAUGACCAUAAACAAUGGUCCAAUACAAAUACACACCAGAAAACGAUCUCCAAGCGCCCCCAAUCAGAUGGUAUCUGGAAAUAUAUCAUUAUAUUUACCACAAAUUUGA